AUGUCAAUCUACGAUAUCCCACGGUCGCCAACACCGGAGAAUGUCGACAACUGUGCACGAAACAAUUUCAAACGGGCUUCUUCCGUCAUCACCAAGACAGAGACGCCGACUAGAACUACGCUGAGGCCUUUGGCCACUCGAAAGAGACGUCUACCAGUGCAUCAGCUUGCUCUUUUGCGAACCACAACAUAUGAGGGACUACCCCAACCAAGCGAUGUUGCUGUUACUUUUUCUAGCCCUAUCGCUGAGACUGACCCCAUCGAAGAAAUCCAGAUGCAAAUCUCUACUGCAAGUGCAUCUAGUAUCCUUAUGUCGGACAGCACGGUCAUCUCAACAAGUAGACCAUUGCCGUGUGAGACUCAACAAAAAAGCUUACGCCACUCGCUUGCAAGGAGAAUACCAGGAAAAUUUACUGUGGUUCAUGAAGCGCAUAGUGACAUGCCUAAUCAUGUGUUACAUUCACUUCCAAACGCUCACGUCACUUUGGAUGGAUUUACCAAUUACGAGCUCCAAAUCGCUACCAAAAAGCUAUUGUAUUGUCGAAGAAAGUCACCAUUAAAGACAGCAAAGAGUUCCAGUGUCUUUCGUACGCUCACGUUAAGAAAUGGCCCUCUACCUGUACCUGCGGAUGGAAAGGUCGAAACUCCAAAAACGGAGUGA